AUGGCGAUGCUUGCUCAAGAGACCAUUCAAGAUGAGUCAUGUGAUUCCAUCAUUCAAGAUGACGAGAGUCAUAAUCGGCACGCUGAAGCAGCAGAGAGCUUCAUCAGGACGAAUGGAGUCCAUUUUAUGCUUAAUGGUAACCCACUCUUUGUGAAUGGGUUCAAUGCAUAUUGGCUCAUGAACAUGGCAUCAGAUCCCUCUCAGAGAGACAAAGUUUCCACUGCCUUCAAAGAAGCUUCGAUUAAUGGACUCACUGUAGCCAGAACCUGGGCUUUCAAUGACGGUGGUAGCAAUGCAUUGCAAUACUCUCCUGGAUCUUACAAUGAGCAAAUGUUCAAGGGCUUGGAUUUUGUGAUUUGCGAGGCAAGAAGGUAUGGUAUCAGGCUUAUUCUUAGCUUAGUGAAUAAUUAUGAUAACUUUGGAGGGAAGAAGCAGUACGUGCAGUGGGCAAAGAAUCAGGGAGAGAACAUUGGAUCUGAUGAUGAGUUUUUUAGCAAUAGCGUUGUUAAAGGAUACUACAAGAAUCAUGUUAAGACCUUGAUCACACGAUACAACGCUCAAACUGGAGUUGCUUAUAUGAAUGACCCUACAAUCUUUGCAUGGGAGCUGAUGAAUGAGCCCAGAUGCCCUUCAGAUGCGUCUGGGAGGACUAUACAGGCAUGGAUCACUGAAAUGGCCGCUCAUGUAAAAUCCAUAGAUAGUAAUCACUUGGUUGAAGCUGGCUUGGAAGGGUUUUAUGGGCCCUCAUCAUCUUCUGGCUUGCAAACAAAUCCUGGGUUCCAGCUGGGAACUGACUUUAUCUCCAAUAAUCAGAUUUCAGGAAUUGAUUUCGCCACACUCCAUACAUAUCCAGACCAAAUGUUAACAAACUCAAGUGAUCAAUCCCAGCUCCAAUUCUUGAACAACACGCUUGAUGCCCACAUAAGAGAUUCCAGUAACAUUCUCAAUAAGCCGCUUCUUGUAACUGAGUUUGGCAAAACCUGUAAGGAUCCUGGGUAUAACUGCUCCAAAAGAGAUGAUCUUUUUCAAGCAGUGUACUCUAAAAUCUACGAUUCUGCAAGAACAGGAGGAGCAGCAGCAGGAAGCCUCUUUUGGCAGCUCCUUGUUGAAGGCAUGGACUCUUUAAAAGAUGGAUAUGAGGUUCUACUUAAUGAAACUCCAACGACGGCGAGAAUUAUAUCCAGCCAGAGUCGUCGGCUUGGGCUCCUCUCACAAUUGCAUUCAAAAUAAAGGAAUCAUUGUGAGGCUAGAGAUGGUAAAGAUCAUGAUAAAGCUGGUAGUAGGUGGAAGGUUUAAAAGAUGAUAACUGAUGAAAAUGUUUGCUUCUGCACUUCUAACAAAAAAGUACUUCAUUUCAUACUACGCUUUAAUUUGAUAGUGAUAUCAUUUUAUGAUGAUUA